AUGGUGUUCGCGUGGAAAGCCGCAGGCCUGACCUACAACCGCUACCUGGCAGUCGCCAGCCGCGUCGUGCGUCAGAGCCUCAAGGAGGAGCCGAGACUGGCGGCUGAGCGCCGUGGCCAGGUCGACCUUCGGAUCCAGAAGUGGGCGAACGGCAAGGCCGGCGAGCCGGCAAACCUGACGAACGACGUUGCCCCCGCUCCCGCCACCUCGGCAUAA